AUGGCCCUGAGUCCAGUGGCUAGUCUGGUCCUCCACGAAGACCCAAAGAUGACACCAAGUCUCAACUCUGGCACCCACUCUGGGCCCGAGCCGGAUGCGGCCCUCCAUCCUAUGUUGAAUCCACCCCUUGGUCCUGGUGUGCCUCUGGUUCCUGACCUGAAUCCAACCCUGAGUCCUGUUCCAGUGGAGGCUCCUGGCCUGGUUUCCGAUAAUGCCCCCAGCCCCGAUGACAGUUCGAGUCUCAUCUCAAAGCCUGACCCACAGGAGUCCCCUAGUCCAGCCGCAAAAGCCGCUCCGAGCCCCAGCCCGGCCGAGGCCGCCAGCCUGAGCUCAGGGAACCACUCUGGGCUGAAUCCUGAGCAGGCAUGCCAGCCCCUCCCAAGCAAGACGUUUGAUUUGGGUCAGAGUAACUCCAACCCUUGCAGGCCCGAAUCGAACCCGUUUCCGAGGCCCCGUUCUAGAGAAGCCCUGGUUCUGGGCCACUGCGUCUCCCGGUCGGGCUCGCAAGCGCCUCUCGUUCGAGUCUCCCACGCUUCUCUGGGUCCUGGCUCCGAUCAGCUGCUCGGUGUGGGUUCAGGAAACACCUCCACACUAAACCUGAAUGUGACUGCAGAUUCUGGUGGCACCCCAAUCCCAGACACAAACGCCGCUGUCACUUUGGCGUCACAUAACAUCUCUGGGCCUGUUUCUUCCAAAGGAACCUUUGGUGCAACCUGGAGCACAAGUUCCAAGGGGACCAUCAACGUGGCUUCUAACAGUCACCCCAGACCUGAUGUGAACAUGACUGUCACUCAGUCCUCUUGCGUGACCCUGAUUUCUGCCUCCAGCGAUGGUGUCAGCCUGCACUCCACUGCCCACGGACCCAAAUCCAUCCUCUCUCCACCCUCGUGCAUGACUCUGAUCCUGGGCUCCAAUGAGACCCUGAGCAUGGGCUCCAGCCUCAUGAUCAGCGACACCUCCACCCUGACACUGAGCAGCCAGCAGGAGUAUUCCGAGGACAACAGCAUUCGCACCGUGCCGCUGGAGGGGCACCUGGAGAGCUGGGCUGAGGUGUCCAACACCGCCGGCAAGGACACCAAGGCCUUCUGCAGCCUUCCCGAGGAAAUCUUUGAUGAAGUGACCUCAGGCCUGAGGAAGGUGCCAGGGAAGAGAGAAGAUGGCAACCAAAAGGCGCUGGCUAACAAUGUCAUCCAGAAGAGCCAGGACCUGCUGGAAGGGGAAGGAAAGAAGAAGACCAUGAUGAAGAAGAUGAUGAGGCAGAUCCAGGAUGAGCCGCUGGAUUCCCUUUCAAGUUCCGUCCGCAGGCAGGCCAUGGAGACCCUGACCCAACUGAGCCACACCCAGCCCAUCCUGGGUGUGCGGGAGAAGGCAGAGCUGGUGAAUACGUGCGUGCGCAGUGUGUUCUCGCUGCCCUCGGUGCAAGCCAUGCAGGAGAAAGACGAGGCCAAGGCAGAGGCCAUCCAGACACUUUAUCAUCAGACCUUGGAUGCUCUACAGACAUUGCUCAAUGCCCUCUUUAUUGAAGACCCCACUCCUGCUGGACUGAAGAGCAUUUUGGAGCCCCUGGGGCCCUGGAUGAACUCGGGGAAGGCCCAUGAGCGAGCACGGGCUGUGAACAGCAAUGUCUCGGUGUUGAACCACACGCUCCUGACUGUGCCUCUCUUUAUGUCCUCGGGGUUCCCGGCUCUGGGGCUCCUCCUGGGGAGGCUCAUCCUUCGCAUCGGGGAUCCUGAUGAGGAGAUUGGCCGGGAGGCCCUGGACGGCAUCACCAUCCUCUACACUAUCCUGGAGCUCCAGAAACGAGCCAGAGAUAAGGAAGAGACCAACAAGAAGGAGCUGUAUGAGAGCAACAAGCGCUUCCUGGGACCCUACAACCCCGUCAGCCCCUGCCAGAACAUCCUGCGUGUGAUCGCGGAAUUUGGAGAUUUCCUGGGGCCCCAGCAGGUAAAGGACCUAUUGCUGGCAGCCCUGGAAGGGCUGAAAGACGGCUCAGAGGCUCGGGGGAAGGACUCCGGGGAGAUGAUGCAGCUGGCCUCGGAGGUCACGCUCAGCUCAGUGCUGGAGUGGUACCGCCACAGGGCGCUGGAGGUGAUCCCAGAAAUCAUGCAGGGCAUCUACAUGCAGCUGAGCCACAUCCAGGAACCUCGGGCCCGCGAGGUGGCCCUGUUGCCCGUCUCCCUCUUGGCCAGCUCCUUCAUGACAGAGGUUGUGGUGGCCCUGCUCAUGUGCCCCCUCCCACUGGACAGUAAUGGAGCGGAGAUGUGGAGGCAGUUGAUACUGCGCAAGCCCAGCUGUGAUGUCCGAGACCUCCUGGAUCUGCUUCUGACCAGCUUGAAGGAAAAGCCGGUCACCAAGAAGGGCCGGGCCUCCAUUGUGCCUCUGGCGGCAGCCAGCGGCCUGUGCGAGCUCCUGUCUGUCAACAGCUGUGUCUGCCGCGUGAGGCGCAUCUACCCGCAGCUGCUCCUGGCCCUGCUCAUUCAGGUCCACUACCACAUCGGCCUCAACCUGCCCGGCCGCGUGGUUCCUCGCAAGGAUGCCAAGAAUGACACAGAGCCGCCUGUCUUCGUACCUGUGCGCUGGGUGGUGAAGGUGGUGAAGACCCUGCUGCUGAAGAUGGGCUGCUCUUACGAGGCCACCUCCCUGGAGGACCAGGGCGGCUGGGAGCUCAUGGGGCAGGCCGAGAACCACCAUCGUGGAGUAUCCCUGCUGGCAAGGGCCAUGGUGCACUACUCCUGCCAGGAGCUGUGCCGCAUCCUCUACCUGCUCAUCCCUCUCCUGGAGCGAGGCGACGAGAAGCACAAGAUCACGGCCACCGCCUUCUUUGUGGAGCUUCUCCAGAUGGAGCAAGUGCGCAGGAUCCCCGAGGAGUACUCUCUGGGGCGGAUGGUGGAAGGUCUGAGCCACCGUGACCCUGUCAUGAAGGUGCUGUCCAUCCGAGGCCUGGUCAUCCUGGCCCGUAGGUCUGAGAAGACGGCCAAGGUGCAGGCCCUCCUGCCCUCCAUGGUGAAGGGCCUGAAGAGUGUGGAUGGGGUGCUAGUGGUGGAGGCGGUCCAUAAUCUCAAGACCAUCUUCAAGGGGCAGGACCGAAAGCUGGUGGACAGCUCAGUCUACGUGGACAUGCUGCAGGUCCUACUGCCGCACUUCAGUGAUUCAAGAGAGGAUGUGCGCCUCUCCUGCAUCAACAUAUACGGGAAGGUGGUCCAGAAACUUCGGUCGCCCCGUACUCAGGCCAUGGAGGAGCAGAUGAUCAGUACCUUGGUGCCCCUACUGUUGAUCAUGCAGGAGGGCAACACCAAGGUGGGCCAGAAAUGUGUGAAGACCCUGUUCCGCUGUUCUUGCUUCAUGGCUUGGGAGUUGCCAAAAAAAGCUUAUAGUCGGAAGCCCUGGGACCACCAGCAGCAGACGGUGGCCAAAAUCUGCAAGUACCUUGUAAACACCCAUCGAGACAAUGCCUUCACCUUCCUCAGCCAGAGCCUGGAGUACGCCAAGAACUCAAGGGCCUCCAUCCGGAAAUCCUCGGUCAUGUUCAUAGGGUCCCUGGUCCCCUGCAUGGAGAGCAUAAUGACGGAAGAUUGGCUGAGCGAAGUGAAAGGUGCUCUGGAAAACUUGAGACAUGAUCCAGAAGCGUCAGUGUGCAUCUAUGCAGCCCAGGCCCAGGACCACAUCCUGGCCAGCUGCUGGCGGAACUCAUGGCCGCUGCCACAUGGGGACUCAUGGAUGUGUGACCCAGCCACCACGCACCGCUGGAGCCCCAGUUGUGAGAAUUUGCCCACUUCCCACCAACGGCGCUCUUGGAUCAUGCAGGCGCUGAGCUCCUGGAAGAUGUCCUUGAAGCAGUGAUGUCCCAGAGCCUCCAACCC